GCCCUACGCUCGUCGUGCUCUCAUACCUCGGAAUUCUAAACAUCAGACAACGAACGGGCAAAGGCCACAAAUUAGUCCAAGACAGUCAGCCCUCUUUAACUUGCAACCUGCAGUACCAACCAAAGUGCUUGUGGCUGUCUAUCUCUUUACUGUGCAACUGGAGCUCAACCGACGGAAUCUGGCCCAGUCUAUUGCAAGAUACUUACUGAUUCAAAUUCCCUCCGAGCGACCCGGCACUUUCUACAAGUCUAGUGGUACUCCCCCUCUUUACAUCCCCCGUCUCCUUCUCCCGUUCUCCCGUUCUCCCUUUCUCUCGUCCUAUUAUUCUCGCUUGUAUACUCCGUGUUUACCGGGCGUGCGCCUUGCUGUUCUGCUUCCUCACCUUUGUGUCUCCGGUGCCGCUUGGAACACGUAGACGGAAAGUUUAAAAGAUUUUAGAGCACUCGGAUUCCUUCACAUUCUCUGCAACCGUGGCAAAGACCCAGUACAACCCUUUUUCUCUCUCAACAAAGCUGAAAUCUGCGUUAUUUUGAACCAGGGCCCAUUUGAGCUGGACAAACAGCUGCUCACUUCCCUCUGCCUCUUGUCUCGCUCGCCCGGGUUGAUCCGGCCAAGGUCGUUCGUUACAAAUGGCUUCAUCUCCACUGUUCCAGGCCUUGCGUGUGGCGUAUAAUGAUGAUUCUCCAGAGGGCUACUGGGGAGAGAAAACUUCAACUCUGAAUUUUUGCGAAGAGGACUAUGUAGUUUCUUAUUACUGUGCUGAAGUUUGCAAUACCCUGACCAACCUCUUGUUCCUAUGGCUUGGCUUCAAAGGCGUACAUAACUGCGUAUCUCAGGGUCACCCACGCAUUUUCCUAGUCGCAUAUCUAGGAUACAUUAUUGUUGGACUGGGCUCUACUGCCUUCCAUACAUCCUUGAAGUACCCUAUGCAGCUUAUCGACGAGCUAUCCAUGAUAUACACCACGUGUCUCAUGGUCUUUGCAACAUUUUCAUUCUCAAAGUCUAGCAGAUUUUCGGUCUUGUUGGGCGGCGGUCUCGUUCUCUUGGCUGGUCUUAUCACGUCCUACUACCACAUCACCAAAGAUCCGGCUUUCCACCAGGCCUGCUAUGCGGCGUUGACAGCAACGGUUGUUUUACGCAGCUUGUAUGUCAUGGAGACGCAGCUGCGGCCAAUUCUGGCACGAAGAAACAAGGACAAGGCCGAUAUCAUUCUCAAAACCAUGUGGAUCAUGGUUGGAACAGGACUCAGUGUCUUCCUCAUGGGGUUUCUCAUUUGGAAUAUUGACAAUGCGUUCUGCAGCCAGAUAAGGCAAUGGCGACGACAGCUUGGUUUGCCUUGGGGUGCACUGCUAGAGGGCCAUGCUUGGUGGCACUUGAUGACAGGUGUUGGAGCUUACUACUACAUUACAUGGGGCAUAUGGCUACGCAGAUGUCUCGAGGGCCGCGAAGAUGAGUACAAACUCGUCUGGCCAAGGUCGCUUUCGUCGAUACCGCUAGUGGUCAAAGCAGAGAAGUCGGACUGAGAAAUCCGGAUAUGAAUGGUGGACAGACAGACAAUCCGUAGCCUUCAAGGCAAGAUUGCACCGGCACACCAGCCGAGGGCUUGGCGACAGCAGUCGCGUGCCUAUUCUCAAGCAAAGGAAGACACAAGCACCUCUAGGAGCCCUGUUUAGAACCAUUGGCAGAUAGAUGUAUCUAGCAGCCAGCACUGCUGGGCGCAGAUGGCAGGAUGACAUAUGCCUGCACCUACGGCAUACUAGAAAUACCCCC